AUGUUGAUAACAGAAGAUUGUAGCCUAGCCCUCCAAAACAAAACCCCGGAGAAGCUUGACGACCCGGGGAGCUUUGUUCUCUCAUGCCAAAUCGGAGGUACGAUCUUUAAACGCUGCCUUUGUGACUUAGGGUCUAGCGUGAAUCUUAUGCCCUAUACAGUGGCCAAGCGCCUUGGCAUAACAAGCUUUAGACCCACAAAGAUUCAGUUGGUCUUUGCUGAUCGAUCGGUGAGGCGGCCCAUUGGCAUCGUGAGUGAUGUACAAGUCAUGAUUGGUAAAUGUUUCAUACCGGCUGACUUUGUGGUGCUGGAACUAGACCAAGAACCAAGAGAUCCCCUGAUCUUAGGGCGACCUUUCUUAGCCACAGCCGGCGCCAUUAUUGAUGUCAAGGGAGGAAAGAUAGACUUACACUUGGGAGACUUGGUAAUGAAGUUUCAAAUUGACAAAACUUUGGAAAAGCCAACUAUCGACGGGUUCUCUUUCUUGGUGGACAAUUUAAGUGAGGUGUCUGAAGGAGUGUAUGAGGAGCUGAUAAUGGACGACCCCUUAGAAGUGGCACUAACCCGUGUGGAGAAAGAAGGAGGCUAUUUUAGUAGAGAAGCGCGAGACAUAGCCAAAUCACUCGAUAACGCGGAGACGUACAAGAACUUGGUAGCUUAUGUUGGCUUGGAGGAAGAAGUAAUGGGCACAAACGCCUCAAGGGAUGCAUCCAAGCCGUCAAAGGAGCCAUGGAGUGAGUUGAGCGCUCCAAAAGUCGAGCUCAAGGAGCUCCCCGUAGGGCUAAGGUACGCAUUUCUCGGUCCCAACAAUACAUACCCGGUGAUAAUCAAUUCAAAUCUAUCAAAUGUAGAGACCGCGCUAUUACUUUGUGAACUAAGAAAACACCGCAAAGCCCUUGGGUACACCCUUGAGGAUAUAACCGGUAUUUCCCCAGAACUUUGUAUGCACAGGAUACAUCUCGAGGAUGAGUCUAAGUCCUCCAUAGAGCAUCAAAGGAGACUAAAUCCAAACCUGAAAGAUGUGGUGAAGAAGGAGAUAAUGAAACUCUUGGAAGCUGGAGUGAUAUACCCUAUCUCGGACAGUACAUGGGUGAGCCCGGUCCACGUAGUUCCAAAGAAAGGAGGAGUGACGGUCAUAAGGAACGAGAAUGAAGAGCUCAUACCCACCAGAACGAUCACUGGCCACCGGAUGUGUAUCGACUAUCGUAAACUCAAUGCCGCGACCAGAAAAGACCAUUUUCCCUUACCUUUUAUAGAUCAAAUGCUUGAAAGGCUUGCUAACCAUCCUUACUAUUGUUUCUUAGAUGGUUACUCAGGUUUUUUCCAAAUCCCAAUCCAUCCCGACGACCAAGAGAAGACAACAUUCACAUGUCCAUAUGGAACGUUCGCGUAUAGGCGAAUGCCUUUUGGCUUGUGUAAUGCACCGGCUACGUUUCAAAGAUGCAUGAUGUCAAUCUUCACAGACUACAUAGAAGACAUAAUGGAGGUAUUCAUGGAUGAUUUCUCAGUUUAUGGCACAUCCUUUGAUGUUUGUUUGUCAAAUCUUAGCAAGGUCCUCAAGAGAUGUGAAGAGAAGCAUCUAGUGCUAAAUUGGGAGAAGUGCCAUUUCAUGGUGAGAGAUGGGAUCGUGCUCGGUCAUAGAAUCUCGGAGAGAGGCAUUGAGGUUGACAAAGCCAAGAUCGAGGUAAUGGUGAACUUGGAACCGCCCAAGAACGUCAAGGAUGGAGAAUGCCUCGCGGCGUUCAAGAAAAUCAAAGAAGCUCUCAUUAGCGCGCCGAUUGUACAAUCACCGGAUUGGGAGCUUCCUUUUGAGAUUAUGUGCGACGCAAGCGACUACGCCGUUGGAGCUGUGUUAGGCCAAAGGAAAGAGAAGAAACUCCACGUCAUAUACUAUGCAAGCCGGACCCUCGACGAGGCACAAUGCAACUAUGCCACCACGGAGAAGGAGUUAUUGGCGAUUGUCUUUGCAUUCGAGAAGUUUCGCUCAUAUCUCGUUGGCUCCAAGGUUAUAGUGCAUACCGAUCACGCGGCUCUCAAGUAUCUGCUGUCAAAGAAAGAUGCAAAGCCAAGACUUAUACGCUGGAUACUUCUUUUGCAAGAAUUUGACCUAAAGAUCAUCGAUAGGAAAGGCGCGGAGAAUGGCGUGGCCGACCAUCUUUCAAGAAUGAGAAUCGAAGAGAGCAUACCUAUAGAUGACUCAUUACCAGAGGAAACGGUCUAUGCGGUAAGCGCAGUACCUAUGUCGAGGAAAGAGACCCCACCAAAAGCGACCACGGAGAGGAGAAAUGCCUUUGGCGCGCCUUGGUAUCGUCAUAUAGCCAACUAUCUCGCGGCCGACAUAGAGCCUCCAAACUUCUAUGGAUACAAGAAGAAGAAAUUCUUGAAAGACAUCAGAUUUUACUUCUGGGACGAGCCAUACCUCUACAAGAAGUGCCAAGACGGAUUGUUUAGAAAAUGCGUGCCGGAGGAAGAGAUAGCCGGGAUUCUCCAUGGAUGUCACGGAUCAGCUUACGCAGGUCAUUUUGCUACGUUCAAGACAGUCUCUAAGGUCUUGCAAGCGGGUUUUUGGUGGCCUACAAUGUUUAAAGACGCUCAAGCAUUCAUCUCACGUUGUGAUGCUUGCCAAAGAAUGGGGAACAUAAGCAAAAGGAAUGAAAUGCCGCAAAACUUUAUCUUGGAAGUUGAGGUGUUCGAUGUUUGGGGAAUUGAUUUCAUGGGACCCUUCCCCACAUCCUUUGGAGAUCAAUACAUCCUAGUAGCAGUGGACUAUGUCUCCAAGUGGGUUGAGGCAAUAGCAGCUCCAACAAAUGACUCGAGCGUGAACGCUUUCAAAACACCUCUCGGGACAACUCCAUUUCAUCUUGUCUAUGGCAAAGCGUGCCAUCUACCGGUGGAACUAGAGUACAAGGCAGCUUGGGCGGUCAAGGAGCUAAACUUUAACCUUAAAACCGCAGCGGAGAGGCGCCUGAUCCAACUGAACGAGCUUGAGGAGAUAAGACACUUGGCUUACGAGAACACCAAAAUCUACAAAGAAAAGACCAAAGCUCUCCAUGAUAGGAAGAUAGUGCCUAAGUCUUUCGCCGCUAACGACCAGGUUCUGCUUUUCAACUCAAGACUCAAGCUUUUUCCCGGCAAACUACGCUCAAGAUGGUCUGGCCCGUUCAAGAUAAAAGAAGUCAAGCCAUAUGGAGCAGUGGUUCUUUGGGACCCUAGUGGAGGAGACUUCACCGUAAACGGUCAGAGGCUAAAACCAUACCUAGCCAACUCGGAAAAGGGAAUAGAGGAAAUCAUACCUUUGGCCGAUGCACCACAAGAAUAA